AUGGCCGAGGGCCUGGGAGAGCCGCUGCCGUCCGGGCCGCAGGAUGGCAUCUCGGCCUUGAAGUUCGACGACGCGUCGUACCGCCUCGUCGUGGCCUCGUGGGACCGGACAGUGCGUGUGUACGACGCCUCGACGCGCACGGAGCUCGCCAAGUUCCAGCACGACAGCCCUGCGCUGUCCUGCUGCUUCGCGGGAGCCCCGCACAAAGUGGCCUCCGGGCAUGUGGACGGCUCUGUGUGCCUGCACGACGUGGAGACGGGCCAGACGACGCACGUGGGGUCGCACCAGGCCCAGGAGGGGGCGCAAGGACCGCCUGGGGUGCGCGGCAUCGUGUUUCUGCGCAGCCGGGACAUGCUGGUGACGGGCGGGUGGAACGGGAAGCUCAAGGUCUGGGACCUCGCGCGGGGCUUCCCGCAAGACGGCACCGACGUCGCGCUCCCGGGCAAGUGCUUCAGCAUGGCGACGGACCCCCGGGGGAGUAAAAUCGUCGUGGCCACGUCCGGCCUGCACGUCUGGGUGUUCGACGCCGGCGCGAUCGAGCGCGGCGCUCCGGAGCAGCAGCGCGCGUCGUGCAUGAAGAUGCAGACGCGGUGCGCCGCCGCGUUCCCGGACGCCCAGGGGUUCGCUAUGGGGUCAGUCGAGGGGAAGGUGUCGUUCGAGUACUUUGUAGAGGGAGAGGGGAGGAAACGGUUCGUCUUCAAGUGCCACCGGGAGAAGCACCCGGACGGCACGACGACCGUGCACCCCGUCAACGCCAUCGCGUUCCACCCGCAGUUCGGCACCUUCGCCACAGGCGGGUGCGACGGCGCCGUCAACAUUUGGGACGGUAUAAACCAGAAGCGGAUAUUCGCGCUCCCGAAGUUCCCGACGUCGAUCGCGGCGCUCGACUUCUCGCACGACGGGUCGCUGCUCGCGGUCGCGGCGUCGUACACCUACGAGCGCGGCCCGAGGGAGCACCCGCAGGACACGAUCUACAUUCGGCACGUCGCGGCGACGGAGGCGCAGCCCAAGCCCCGCGCGUGA